UGCAAUGGCGUGACACAGUUUAGAGAAAAUGUGAGGAAGAAACCGCGGAGACUCGAAUGUAUGCAAGUCGCAUAUAUGUGUCAUUUCCUGUCCACUAUCUUUCCAAGACCGCACGUACACAGGACUUGACAAUGUAAAAGAAAGUUGUCCUUUCCAUUGAAUUCAGCGAAGUGAACCGGCACGCAAUAAGCUGAAUGAUCCCCCGACGUAAUCUGCAAGCUUAUUGCCGUCUCAGUGUUGUGAAUUUCAAGGCCUGUGCAUGCUUCUACCUGUCUGAGAUUCUGAGCCAUUGUAAACACUGAGUCAAAUGGAAUGUUAUUCAUCAGACCAGAAGGAGUAUGUGUUUUCGGUGCGGUUAGGACAUUCGGAUCUUACUUACUCUCGCCUUUUCUCAGAAGAAAUUGCAAGAUCGAGAGUUGUCAACAACAAAUGAAUGACAUCUAGGAGCUGGAUCCCCACGUGUGGAUUGUGUGUGUUUCAGUGGAGGAAUUUCUUUAUCUAUUUUGUCUUGAUCUUAUGGUUAGUUCUAUAUCUAGUCCAGUGUUUACAAAGCCAGCAUCAGCGUGAGUAUGAGGCUGAUAGAGCGACCAACGAGGAUUUACCUGUGAGAAAACCCAAGCUUGAAAAUUUUGAAAAUGGCAGAGGACAGGGCCUACAUGACGAACCCUCUUGUAGUGUGGGUGGAAACUUUUCGAGGCAGUGACAGCCCACCUCUGAAAUACAAGGAUUUAUACGAUGGAGUUUUCCUGUGUGAUGUCAUGCAACAGAUUGACCCCAGACCUGCAUACCAGAAUCUACAUAGGGUAGUGGAGGAUGACGCUUCUAUCCGACAGCUGAACUGGGAUUUGCUCAUCAAGAACAUCCGAGCGUACUAUCUGGAGGUACUGCAACAACUGCUCAUCCUCAAACUUCCCAACAUCCACGCCAUCUGCCGCGACCCACAUAAAGACUCCAGCUUUGAGGAGAUCCGCAAGGUGCUGCUGCUGGUGCUGGGAUGUGCUGUCCAGUGUGAACACAAGCAGAGCUUCAUCGAGAACAUCAAGCAGCUCGAGAUAGAGGUGCAGCAUGCCAUCGUGGAACACAUCAAGGAGAUCACAGAUGACAGUGAGGCUGUCCUCCCCAUCGAGCCCCCAGCAGAGCUGGAAGCGUACACGGAGAAGAUGUUUACGCACCUCACCAGGCUGAUCAAGGAGAGGGACGAUGUCUCAGAGCUGAUGACGGACCUGUCCCAGGAGCGAGACUUCUACCAGUCCCAGGCUGAGGGUGCUGCAGCUCCUGUAGUCCCCACUGUCACCCCCGAGAAACAUCAUCUAGCAGUGGAACUCGCUGAGUCCAAGGCCAAGCUACGUCGCACUAGACAGGAACUGGAAGAGAAACAAGAACAGUUGUCUGACAUCAAGGAUGAGCUGGAGGACACGAAAGGAUCAAUGGCCAAACUCCGGAAUGAGAACCUUGAUCUGACCCAAGACGCGCGGGCAACUCGGGCUCUGAGAGACGAGCUGGAUAUCAUUAAGGAGAAGGCGAGCAAGGUUGACACGUACGAGAAGGAGAUCAGCAAGUACAAGGAGCGACUGAAUGAGCUGGAGUUCUACCGGGCUCGCAUGGAGGAGCUGAGGGAAGAGAACAACAUCCUAGAAGAGACGAAGACCGUUCUGGAGGACCAGCUGGCAAGCAGCCACAAGAGAGUUGAGACUGUUCGCGAACUUGAGAAUGAACUGCUCAAAUUCCGCGAGCUCACCCAGGAAAUGACUGCUGAGAGAGAUGGUGACCGGGAGAAGAUCCAGCAACUAACUGAAGACAUCUUACGACUGGAAAUGGACAAGAAGAACUCAAUGAACGAGAGCGCCAACCUGGAACAGGAACUUCAGGAUGCCAGGCACAGGCCAGGAGUUGUAAGUGGCUCCCUGUCUGACCAGCUGAGUGAAACGUCAAAUGCUCGGAUCCUACGACUGCAGCUGGAGAACCAACAGCUGCACGAGAAGCUCCAGGAAGCAUCAGAGAAUGCACUGAUCCAGAACACAGCCAUCAACCUGGAGAAUGAGAAGGAGAUCCAGAGACUCUCCAAGAAGCUGGAGAAGCUCCAGGAAAGCAAUUCCUUGGCUUCCCAGGAGUGUCUGGACAUGGAGGAGCAGAAGGACGAGCUUUGUCGGGAGAAGGAAAAGUUGAUCGUCACCCUUGAGAUGGUGAAAGAGAACAGUGAUCGGCAGGUGCGCGAACUGGAGGCUGAGAACGAGCAUCUCGCCCAAACCAUUGAUGUUCUCCGGGAACGUAAUGAGAAGUCAAAUGAUGCUCGGACUAAAGAUUUGGAAAGGGAAAAUCGAAGACUCCACGAAACAGUGACAACUAAGAAUGCUAUGCUUUCAAAACUUGAGUUUGAAACAAAACAAUUAAACAGGUCGUGUCAAAAGUUGAAGGAAAAUGUUGAUAAGGUGCCAGAACUUGAGGAUGAAAAUAAUAAACUGGAAAAAGAGAAUUCUGAAAUGCAUAAACAGAUUACCACGCUAGAAUUAACCUGUGAUAAACUUAGUACUGUGGAACAAGAGCUUUCUGAUUUAGAUGUGGAGAACAGGAAGUUGUCCAAAACUGUGGAAACUUUGCAGAAUUCUCUCAGGAAGAAGGAACAGUUGGAGGAACAGAACAUCAACUUGACAGUGGAAAAUCAGAAACUACAGAGAACGUUAGACUCUUUACGUGAUUCCUCAGAGAAAAAUUUCCAGUUAGAAAAUGAUAAGGAUGUGUUAAAUAGAGAAAUACAACAGCUGAAGAAAUCUUUGGAAUCUCAGAAGCAGCAUAAAGCAAAACAAGAACAGAUGGAAUUUGAACUGUUAGACAUAGACAAUGAAAAUCAAAGACUUCAGAAAUCUCUAGAUAUCACCACGAGGAGGAUGGAGCAGUUAGAAAAUGAUAACAGCGAUCUAGAAAAUGAAAAUGAAAAGCUUGCUAAGACAUUAGAAUCAAUGAAAGUAUCAAUCAAAAGGUUAGAAGAGAAAGAGAAAGAAGCAUUGGAGACCGAAACCGAAUUGAGCGAACUGCAAAAAGAGAAGGUUGCUCUGGAAAAAGAGAAUAAGAAAAUUAGGCAGUCGCUUGAUGUACGAGAAUCGUCUUAUGAGGAGGUGACGGCACACGCGGCUCUGGAGCAGCAACACAAGUCUCUGAAGAAGUCCAUGGAGAAACUGAAGGAGACCUGCGCCCGUGUCCGGGACCUGGAGAAGGAGAACAAGGAUCUCCUGCAGGAAGUCCAUCUGGAUAAGAAGACCAUCCCUGCUCUCAGAGAGGACCUGGUGAAUGAAAAGAUUAAGUCCACCACUCUGUGCAAUGAGUUGGAGACCUUGAAACAUGAGCUGGAGCGUGUAGGCAUCAACAAGGAGAAGCUGGUCAUGGCUGAACAGAUGCAGGACGAUAGUCGCUACCAGGCACUGGAGUCCAUGAUGGAGGAUGCCUUCAAGAAGAGCCUGGAUUUGAAGGAGCAAAAGAUACAGCUAUUAGAAAGCCGGUUGGAGGAGUCAAAGAGCUGGAACCAGAAGCUGAAUGACCUGCGAGAGGCGCGACGUGAGUCCGAGAUGCUGAAACAGAGACAUGAAGAAGAGGAGAUCUACAGGGAGAGUGACAGGAAGAAUGAGUCUGUGCGGUCAGAGCAUCACCAUCAUCAUCAUGCCACACAGGACAUCCUGGAUCUCAAGGACCAUCUGGUGCAGGUGGAAAGGACGAAUGCCACACUGAUGUCAGAGAACAGUAACCUUAAAAGCCAGAACACCUACCUGAAUGACCACAUUCAGAAACUAGAUGAUCAGAAUCUCAACCUCCAGUCCCGGACAUCCUCCCUCCAAGAGCAGUUCGUCGCCUUACAGUCUCAGAAUGCCAAGCUCCAGGUUGAAACCACGACCCUCCAGUCCAAGUGUUCGUCUCUCUUUUCACACAACAACGCUCUGCAGAGUCAGAUGUCCACCCUGGAGUCGGAACACGAACUGUUGAUCCAGAACCAUGAGGACCUCCAGACAUCACAUGAGUCCUUUGUGUCAGACCAUGAGUCCCUGCAGCAGCUUCAUGAGCAACUGACAACAGACUACGAGUCCCUCAUCUCCGAACAUGGGUCCCUGAAGUCCAUCCAUAAGUCUCUGAAGAACGAGCUGAAGGACCUUCAGGAGCAGCUGGACUCCUUGCUGCAAGGGAAGGAUGAUGUCAACAAGCUGCGAGAGGUUCUAGAGCGGGAGAGAGAGCAGCUCAAGUCUGAACUCAGGGCUCUGGGCAAUCUUCAGAUGGACUAUGACAAGCUGCGUGAUGAGCAUGAUCGAUUGAGAAGUGGUUACGAUAAACUGAGUCAAGAUUAUCGCGGGGUUUUGACUGAUCACAAGCAGAUGAAGAAGGACAACCACACACUGAAUCUGAAGAACACGGAGAUGACGGGGGAGGUCGGGGAAUAUAAAGACACCGUAACCACCAUGGAUGUGGAGAUGCAGAAACUGGAGAACAGGUUUGAUGCACUGUACCAGGUGAACCAGAAGUUGGAUGAGGAGAACCCAUUGCUGUACCAGGUGCAGCAGCUUCUCAAUCAGAACCAAGACCUCCUUACUCAGGCCCUCAACAGCAAGGACCAACAGCAGGAGGAGCAGAAGUCCUACAUAGAGAAGUUGGCUGACCUGCGUCGGCAGAAAGAGCGUCUGGAGGAGAAGAUCAUGGAACACUACAAGAACAGAUGGGACUCCCCCAAGAAGAACAAGGGUUUCGGUGCAAUGAUAGCCAGGAAGGCCAAGGGAAUUAUUUCUCGGAGACAGCGAAGUAAAAGUCGACCAAAUCUGGCAUCAGAGAGUCCUGAGAACUCAACCAUGGGAUCUAUGUCACAUGCAGAGUCAGGCGACCACAUCAACGACAGUCGGAAAUCAGGUGCAAAAUCCACUGAGGAUAUCGUGAAUGACUUGUCACACAGUGGGAGCGGGGAGAAGGACUCCUUGUCGUCAGGCAACUCCACACAGCUUCUUCCAGGUUUGGGGCGUCAGUACCAGGCUGCAGAUGAGGAGGCUGGCUUCAUGCCGCUGUCACCCAAGUCUCCUGUUGCCCGGCGACCAGGCUCACCUGGAAGUGAGAUGCUCACCUUGGCACAGUUCCUUAACGAGGCCAACAAGCAGAGUCCUCCAAGGAAGUCUGUAGACCGGAGGAGCCAGGAUGAAGAGUCCCGUAGUACGGGGAGUGCUAGUUCCGACCCGGCAAGUCGUGCCAUGAGGAAGCCCUCGUCUGUGUCCCAACAGCAUGACAUGAGCCAUCGCUACAGUACCCAUGGCAACCAUGGCAGCCACAUCCCGGAUGUUGCCGCAUCAGCACAGCCAAACACAGAUCUGAACAUGUCUGUACUGUCAAGGAUAUCAGGUGGAAGUGCUAACAUUCCAGAAACAUCUCCACCUCCAAGCAACCGACAAGAUCUGAAAACAUCCACUCCUAAAGCUAAUACUGAACUUUAUGGUCCUCGAGCCUAUACAUACGAAAGAUCAAAAACACUGGAAAAUACAAAAUGGCAAAAUAUGCAAAACUCUUCACAACGCCUUCCAGUUGAAGAUGCCCGUUCACCACCUCACACUUAUGCAAAGAGAUUGGAGGACUAUAGGGCUCCUCAGGGAGCUGAGACAAGUCUCUUGAACACGUCCACUGUGUCUUACCAGUACGGUCAGCCCAUACCUCAAAUGUCUAGUCCAGAGCCAGUACGUUCUCCUCCUCCACCUCCAGGUGCCAGGCCGUCCCAGAGAGAACUACCUCCAACUCCAGUAGAAAGAGUCAAUCUGGCUCCAGCUGAGCGACUGGACCGUCUGACCAUGAUGGGCAGUGGCAGCUCAUCCACUGAUCAGGCCUCCCUUCCUGGUCACUAUAGCAACAGGCAGAGUCACAUGGGUGAUGGUCGUGGGUACGAUAGAGAGAGCAGCUCCGGACAUUUCAGUCGGGAACCAAGACCACAACCUCAGGGAGGUAUACGUGGUCAGUCACCAGCUGCACCUAGAAACUACAGGUCUCACUCGCCAGGAGGAAGUAGUAAUCACUAUGCAACACCAAGCAGACCGUCCUUGCCCAGCACUUCUUCUACCAGCUCCCAGGAGAGAGGGCAGGGGAGACAGACCUCCACCGUAUGGUAGGCCAACAGGAGCAGCAGCACAGUUCCAACACAGAACACAAAACAGUUUGGUUCCUAACAACCGUCCUUCAUCAAACCGUCCUGCUAGUGUCAUGGGUCAUCCAGCCUUCCAGGUUUCAUCUCAGGGUUCCUCCAGGACUGACCCUAUUUAUUCCACAGUAGAUAAAGUCCGAUCCAGCCGACCAACAACUCUGGAAGGUGGUUCUGGCACAAAGCCUCAUUCAUCGGCAUCACAGACUAAUGGCCCUUACACUCAGAACAGCUACACUUCUCGGUCACAAACGGCAGAGCGGCCAAAGUCUGUUCCACCACAUCUGUUCAAUCAGAACAUGAACAAUGACUAUCAGCCCUCAGCUCAGAGGCGAGGUAAUGUUCCUCCUGUGCCUCCUCCAAGGAGGAGUAGGGAACCAGGGCCAAUAAGCCAGCCAGGAAACACGGUCAGUUUAAUUCGUGAACCGGGCAGUCUAGGAUCUCGGCCCUCAAUUGACGGCUCCAAUGUUCCUGGUCCUCAACAACCGUCCAACAGUCAGAUGGGGUUGUCAGCCACAGCAAGGCUCUUGCCCAACACUGCCCGGCAUCAGACUCCUACAGCCCGUAUACAGCCGCAGGCCAAAUCCUCAUCCAGUAAGACUGCUCAGGCUGUCAGGCCAGUCAAACCUGAGGACCAACCACAACAGAGACCUGACCAAGGUCAAGGUCAAGGUCAAGGUCAAGGUCAGGGACAGGGUCAAGGACAGGGACCAAACAAGAGCUCUGUGUGGUAUGAAUAUGGUUGUGUGUAGCCUUGUGUGUGUCUUUAGGUUUUAUCAAAUUCAUUCCAGUUUAUAUGAAGCAAAUGUUUGAACAUAUGUUUAUGUUGAUCUUGUAGUAAAUUAAUAUCACAAUAUUCUCAGUUAAUGUUUGUAAAUAAAUCACAGGCUAUAAGACUGAAAUUAGUACUGAAAGGACUGUUCCAGUUCCCAAUGCAAUAUCAGGGACCUGUUAUAAGAAUUCUGUGAUAUGUUUGGCUCCAGAUACCAAAUGUAUAUUAAUCAUUUUAGUACAUAAACAUUCCAGCAUUUAGUGCUCUGUAGAUUCUUAACAUGUACCAUGCAAGUAUCCCAUUUUUUCAUGAUCGUGUUUGAUAGGAAAAGAUUUUACAGUCAAAAAUGCAUUUUUAACCCUUAAGCAUUGAUGGAUUAUCCCAACUGCUUUGGUAAUGACCAUGAUUGUCAUAUUGCUUGAUUCAUUCCCAUACAUGGCUUUGUUAUAUGUUAACGCUUUGCAUCUACUAAGUUGUUACAGCUCAAUGGAAAGCUAUGUAAAUCUAAGCACUACAAUUGUACAGCUCUAUCUCCAAGAAAUGAGGAUUUUACAGGAAAAGGAAUUUCAAUAAAUUCACCAAAUUUCCAGAAAGAUGUGUCCAGUCGUACAUUUAAUCACGUAGCCACCUGUUGCCUGGCUUCCUUCUAUCCUGAGCAUCCAUCAUUGCUGCUUACUAAUGGGUGCUGGUGUUUUUCUCUCUCCAACAGGCAUCGCAGAUGACUUGAUUUACUGACUGCAUGCUGGGUCUCUACCCAGGUGGCUCGUCUGGGUGGUCACCAGUUGUCUCCCUUGGAAUGGGUUGUUCAGCAUGUUGGAGUCUCUGUUCUUGUUUCACACAGUGGAAGCUUUGUUUACUUUGGUUGUAUUUUUUGUUGAUUUAUUUCCCUGUUAGACUGUUGAAUUGUUUGUGUUGUGCUCCAUAACCCAUCAUUGUACGUUGGUGUUGUGACUGGUGACGACUCACGCAACACUCAGAUUAAUCCUGUACGGCCAUGUUGAAGUAAUGUUCGUGUCAGGAAUCUGCAGUGGUGUUCCAGAUAAUCUGUGCAUAUUUUGAGUGUUGUGGAAGUGAAUGGUAGUUGACUCAUGCAUGCUUUGGUACCCUCGUAAUCUUGGUGGCUGGUAACAUCCUGGUAAUCUUGUUGCCUGGUAACCUCAUUCUUUCUGCUCUCUUGGUAAUCUUGCAUGUCCUUUACAGUAACUUUCAGAGCCUGAAGAACUCUGUCAUGUAAUCAAUAAUCAUCAACUUCAUAUUUUAACCCAAGCUCGAUUGGAUUAUCUGGUUGAGACUUGAUUAUUGCCACUGUCAUAAAGCUGGAAUAUUACUAGAUGCAGCACUGAACAACAUACUAAUCCUGAUUCGGGUUCAUUAGAGCGUCUUAUCCCAGUGGUAAAGGGUUGGGUAUCAGAGAAUGACAGCUUUGUGCAAGGAACUCUAGGAAGUGGUGAUUCUACAGAUAUUCUGAGCUCUCCUCUUUAGCAGGAGCAGCAGACUGUCAAGUGAGAUUUAAGGCUUCUUGUCAUCCACAUAACCCAGGAAAAUAUAUGUAUGCAGGA